AAACCACACAGUUCAAAACAGAGAGCAGAGAGGAGGAGCAAACGAAUGUCCAUAUCCAUGGCGCUAUUCUCUCCACCGAUCUCUUCUUCACUUCAAAACCCUAAUCUCAUCCUCCCCAAGAUCUCGCUCUCUCUCCUCUCCACCAAACGCUUCUCUCUCCUCUCCCGAGCUUCCUCCGAGAACGGUACGUCAACACCAGAUUCCGCUGCAGUCUCUGCGACCACCGUUGAGAUACCGAAGCCUGUAGAGGAUGUUCCGGUUAAACCUCCGGUGGAAAGCUCCUCCGACGAGACUGAUUUGCCAACAACCACGACGGAGAUAAAGUUUCAGGACGCGAAGUGGGUUGAUGGAACUUGGGAUCUGAAACAGUUCGAGAAACAGGGGAAAACAGAUUGGGACUCUGUUAUCGUCGCUGAGGCAAAGAGGAGAAAGUGGCUUGAAGAUAACCCAGAAACAACUACUAACGACGAGCCUGUUCUCUUUGAUACCUCGAUUAUUCCAUGGUGGGCAUGGAUGAAGAGAUACCAUCUCCCCGAAGCUGAACUCCUCAAUGGUCGUGCUGCGAUGAUAGGGUUUUUCAUGGCUUACUUUGUUGACAGUCUUACAGGAGUAGGACUUGUUGAUCAAAUGGGAAACUUCUUCUGCAAAACACUCUUGUUUGUGGCUGUUGCUGGAGUUCUUUUCAUCCGCAAGAACGAAGAUUUAGAUAAACUCAAGGGUCUAAUCGAAGAGACGACGUUAUACGACAAGCAAUGGCAAGCGGCUUGGAAAGAGCCCGAAUCAUCAUCAACGGUUUCUUCAAAGAAGUGAAACAAAACUUUCUCAGCUUUUUGUUUCCUCUUUGUUAUGUGAUGUUUGUGAUCAGUGGUCCCAAGAUGAUUUCCUUUAUUGUAUUACUGAUCUUGAGAUUGUAAAAUCUGUUUGACUUUGGAAAAAAACUCUUUAAAAGUAGUCCCGAAGAAAAUGUAGAGAAACUAAGAAAGGUCAUUGACUUUGUAUGAGGCUUUGGUUUGUUUAAGGUUGACGAGUUUACUUGAGCUUUAAGGAACUUGGGACGGAAAGAUAUUGA